AUGAAAAUUCUUUCCAUUUCCGCCUCGGUGAGUGCUGAAAGGUACGUCUGACAGAUUAAACAAAUUGUGGCGUACUUGGCAAUUCUUGAUUUAAGACAGGCAGUCGGGAUAUUUAUAGACAUUUGUCGGGUCACUUGGUAUGCACGAACUGUAACAUAUCGUAAAAACAGCUGUUAAUGCCCUAAUUUCGACGUCAACCUUUCACCGGGGACGACACAGAGGUGGUUAAGCCAAGAAGACCGGUCCACGACUCCAUAAGUACUUGUCUAAAACUCCGUAUCCACUCAUUAUUAAAAGACAUCAGACUCAAAUUCGCCAAUCCCUACGAACGGAUAGACUUGUGUAAGCAACGGUUUUGGAAUUGAAGAAUUGGUAACAUGCGAUGGCUUGAGAGCACUCUGUCGAUAAGCGGACAGGGCAAAAGCGACACUUUCCUGGAUAGAUGACGUACGAAUGACUUUUGACGUGCCGAAAAAGUACUUGUGUGUCUGUUGCGAUUUUCAAUCGACCCAGCUACCAGCGUGCAUCAGGCGUUCAUCCAGUCAGCCCUCCGUCUGUCACACCUCAAGCGAGACAAGUCGUAUUCAUCGAAGUAUUGCGAUAUCCUGGCUACUCAAAAUAUAUAUCUCACAGUAGACGGGUAUGCUUUUUAUCAUUCACGUUAGUACCUCAUAGAUUAUGUAAAUGAUUUAAAUUUACUAAUCUAUCGAUAGCGGCUAAAUGAUGGACAGUCGGAAACACAGCUCAACACAUUUUUACUGAAUUCUGGUGAUUCUUAGGUACACAUAUACCUAAGAAUAUGCUAUAUAACAUAUUGACUUCACUUUUAGAGAAAAGCGCUUGGAUAUUAUUCGACCUGAUGCAAUAGGUUUUGACGCUUGAGGAAGUCUAAUCCACGAAAUUUAAUUAGAUCAGAAAAAUCAAGUAAGAAGCAAUAAAAAUUAUAAUUAUACAUAAGUAACACUUUGAACCGCAAAUUUCCUACCGUCAGUUAGUCGUAAAAGGAACCUUGUCUUUGAUAAAAUUUCGGCUCUGCGGUCCCUAAGUUGUGUGCUUCUGGGGAACUCAAUUGAAAUGGUGAUGGCAUUCAACCGAACUGCUGCGUUCGAAGGUCUCUGGAGAUUAAUAUCACUACAGUGCUGUCACCAGAAUAUGGUCAAAACUAGGUUUCACCAGAUUUGUUGUCCAAUGAUCUGGGGUUUUUUAUGGCGUAUGAUCAGCUUCUCAAUGGCCAAAACAAAUCGUUGCAAACGGGAAUUUGUAUACACUCAGAAAGCAAAUGUCUUGAUCAGAAAACUAUCUUAUACCCCAUUAAAUCACAGGCUAUAAGAUCAGAAGUUGCAACCCAAUUGUCUAACCUGAUAGCUUUCAAUCGCUGAUUGAAGUGAUAGAAUUCUGUGGUCCUUCGCAUUAUGAAUAUUUUUACAAAAUUUUCACAUGUAUUUUUCACGAGUGCUCUGAGGUCGACAGCAAUGGGGUCACCGAGCUACCACACACUCAUAUGCAUUUCAAUGUAUUUUUUAAGGACUUAUAUUUUUAAUACGCCGUAUCAAGGGUUUUUCCCACAACUUUUGAGAGACGAAAGCUGGAACCGGUAGGAACUGAACCGGUUUGUUUGCUUCAGCGGAAGCUAGUAAUGGUGUGACAAUAAAAGCAUUGGUCCUUGAUAACCCGCAAAAUGGCGUCUCACAUUAGCACUGCAAAACCAAGACUUCCUUUAAAUUUUUCAGUAAAUAUCUCAAGGUAAUUAUCGUUUUGUCUAACGUGGCGACUGUUUUAUAUCUGCAUGAAAUAUAUCGUUGUCAACUUCCGUGAAUAUACCAGUUCAGCAGAAACAAUACAAAACGCCGCAUCCGUUGAGGAGUCGGACGGUCAGCCGACUACUUAAUGGUCAUAGGGUUGUCACGACUUUCGUGUACACCCAUUGAAUAACCGCCACACCAGAACACAGAUCAUAAGCGACGAGACAGCCUUGAGAAUGCUAAAAGUUCGCCUGCAUUCCAAGUGGCUCUCCGUCAGUUACACGCAAAUUCUUGCUUGAACGUAUAUAAAAAAAAACAAUAGGAAACUAGUGGUUGCUCGUAGUAUUUAACAUGUGUUUUUGUCAGUUAUCAAAUAAAUUGAUCGUUUAGCUGAUCGGCGGUUCAGCUCUCGAUUUAAAAAGCAACGUAUCUGAUGAUCGUUAUUUUAAAAGAAGAAGUCCCGAUGCACAAAACUUUACCAGUAUUAACUACUUCACUACUCAAUCAGAUUUAAAUAGAUUAGUCAUGCCGUGAUAUUCAUGACACCCAAAAUGUUGAACUGCGUAAGCAGGGACCCUCAAUUACAUCGCGUGCUUCGUUUUCCUUAAUUUGAUCGAAACCAGUAACCGCCCACCUCACAAUUCCCGCAUUGAUGACGAGGGCAACACUUAUGUCAGAUAAAUUCUGAUAAAACGUUUUCACUGUAAAUGCAUGCUUUACUUUACAUUUUCUAGGUCUUUUGUCGCCUAUGGACCCAUUUACUUCGAAAGUUGUCUACCCUGUUCUGGCCUCCGCCCCGUACGACCUCAUUCUCCGGUUCAAUAUCUGUUACUCCGUCCUCUUCUUUUUCUCUGAAUACCUCAUUUUCCUGUUCAAGGGCCUGCACCUGCCCUACGAUGGAGUCGUUCUAGCCAGUGAAGUCGUGUACCUCUUCGUCCUCUCAGCUGUUGAGGCAAUUCGACUGAGGUUUGCGGUCGCCGGAAACUUCCUUGAACGACCGUCCUCUACCCUAACCGCUGUCGCUCUGUUAUUUAUAAAUGUGGUUGGUUGUGUUUGGGUGGCAAUCUGGCAGAGCUACAUUCUCUAUCUGGAAUUGAUACUUGCAGUCGGCCAGCUGGCGUUCUAUCUAGCUGAAUUUAUCUGCGGCUUCGUUGCUUUUGGCACCUUUCUAAGAGCACAGUGA